AUGAAGCAGAAAAGGGGUGGAAAGUUUCUUUUUGAAGGGAAAUUCCCUUUAAUAAGAUUUGGAAUUUUUGCUGAAGAUAGUAAUCAAUCAGAUUCAGGAAAUCACUCUAAUCCUACAGAGACUGAUGAUGUUGUGAUUUUAACUUCAGAGCCAGAGAUUGAAGACUUUGUUCAUGAAGAAGGCGAUGGGGAUCUUCAUGAAGAUGUUGAUUUUCUGAAAGAGAUAGAUUUUAUUGGGAUCAGUGGUGAUCUCCCUUCGAGCAUUGAACUCAAUCUUGACGAUGAUGAAUUUGGUCCACUUCCGGGGUUUGACAACAGGUGCUUUAAAAAGGUCAAUGAAGUUGUUCAACCAAUAACCAAGACUGGGGAAGACGUUAAUGCUCUCAAAAUUUUGUUCUCCUCUUCCAAGCCUAUGGAGGUCUCUUCAGAUUCAAGACUGGGAGUGCCAUCUGUAAGCCAAGCACCACCAGUCUUAUCCACUUACACCACCACUACUGUCACUACUACCACCACUACAGUCUCUAUUCCACCACUACAGUCAGAAGAAGGCUCGAGCACAAUAUUUGAAGCAGGUGGUUCAUCCUCUAUUCCAGAGUAUUCUCCUACACAACCCUCACUAGAUGAAGCCUUGAUCUGA